AAUUUCUUCCUUUUAUUAUUACCCCUUUUUGCAUUUUUGUUUUCUUAAGAAAAAGGAAAUAACUUGUGUGGUCUUAUGGCAUACACCAGUUGAGUCAAAAAGAGGAUCUGAUAGUUUGGAUGCGAACGGCAGCACUACCUACAUUCAGAAAACUAUAUGGGAAGAUAGAGGUUGACCUUGAAGUGAAUGAUGAGAUAGAAAUAGCAAUAGAAAACAAUUAUAACACGUAUGAGUUUGGAGGGAAAAAGAAGCUGGUUCUCUCAACAACAACUGUCAUGGGAGGAAAAAAUCCCUUCUUGGGGACAGCAUAUCUUUUCGUUGGUGGCCUAUCCUUACUCUGUGCCAUAGGAUUCAUACUUCUCUAUGUCAUCAAGCCAAGACCUCUUGGGGACCCGUCCUACCUGCCUUGGAACAGAAAUCCAGGGAGUAUCAAAUGACAAGCAUGAAUUCCAAUCUUUCGAAUUUGACAAUUCUCUAUAUUUCACUUUGUGAGGCAAGGCCUUCAUUCAGGGACUACUACUACUAGGCUUUGUUUUCUCUUGAUUACUUGACCAACUUGAAACUCAGUGUAUAUAAACGUUUCUCUUUCUUUUUUUUUCUUUUUUUUUUAUAAAUAAAGGACUAGGCUUAAACUUUAGUAUAAAAUAUUGAAUAUAUUUAUAUAUGUAGUGAUUUAGAAGAAAGACAAUGAGAAUUAAUUAUCGAGUGAAUUAGUUUAAA